CGCGCCAAGGCGGAAGUGAGGACCCCUACACGGAAGCAGCGGAGGAGGAUGUGAAAACAGAGAAAAGGGAGAAAUAACGAGUCUCCUGCGGGAUUUAAAACGCAGAACAUCGUGUUUUCACGCAGAAACACGGUCUGACGUCAGCGCAGAAAUGAUUCUAGCGACGUGCGCGUGUUUUCUGCUGGUGGUUUGUUCGGCGGCCGCAGCGAAGGAGGCAGGAGACGAUGAGUGGGUUCAUCUGCCGAACAAGUGUGAAGUCUGUAAGUUUGUCAGCAUUGAGAUGAAGUCAGCGUUCGAUGAGACGGGGAAGACGAAAGAAGUGAUCGGCAGGAACUAUCGCUUCAUCGACAGCAAGGGGGCGCCACCUAUCAAAUACGUCAAGUCGGACCUCCGAUUCAUCGAGGUCAUAGAGAAUGUGUGUCAGCGGCUGCUGGAGUACAAUCUGCACAAGGAGCGAACCGGCAGCAACCGCUUCGCCAAGGGCAUGUCGGAGACCUUCUCCACGCUUCACGGUUUGGUGAACAAAGGCGUGAACGUGGUGAUGGAUAUUCCCUUCGAGCUGUGGAACGAGACCUCGGCGGAGGUGGCCGACCUCAAGAAGCAGUGUGACGUGCUGGUGGAGAGAUAUGAGGACGUGAUUGAAGACUGGUACAAAGGAACUCAAGAGGAAGAUCUGACCACGUUGCUGUGUGAGAAACAUGCUCUGAAAGGACAAGACACAGCUUGUCUGGGCGAGGACUGGAAGGCGAAGAAGAAGGGCGACCAGGCCGCCAUCGCCGAGGACAAGAAGAAGAAGAAAAAGAAGAAGGGGAAGGCCGGAGCAGAGGGGGGAGACGGCAGCUCGGAGGGAGAGAAGGUGGCCAAGAAGAAGAAGGAGAAGAAAAUGAAGAAGAAGAAAAAGAGCAAAGCUCCGGUGGAGAAGACGGACGGAGGGGCGUCGUCGGACGAGGGGAUCCAGCCUCAGGUGCUUCUGUCUGGGAAGAAGACGGAGCUGUGAGCCCCUCUCUCUGGAUCAAAUCUUUUAAAGUGAAACUCUCAGUAAAAAGACGUCUGACGCUUCUGAAGCUUCUUCUUCUUCUGAGGCUGACACAUGUUGCACUGUUACAUUCGUUUCAUUCAAAUAACAGAAUCUUUAAUAUUCAGUUUCAUGACAUUUUUUUGUCUCUGCGGCAGAAAAUUCAGAUUCAUCUGUAUCUCAACUCGUGAAUACAGAACAAGCUACCUGUAGGAUUUAGCAUCUGUUCAAUCAGUUGAUCAACUGGAAAUGAAUCAACAAUUUGGUUUGUUUUAAAUCAUUAUUAAGGAAAAAGAAACCUGGUCACAGCCUCUGGAGUGUGAAGAUGUUUUCUGUUUUAUAUGAAGAAGGGAAAUUACAAACAUCUGCAGAAUAAUAAUGAACAUUUCUCUCCAUUUAAUGACAUUUUAUCAAGUGAAAUAUUGAUAAAAUAUAUAAAAAUUAUCAUCAAAACAAAAGCAAACCACGAAGCAGUAAAAGUUAAUUUACUGUGAAACAAAAUACUGUUAAACUGCCUUUUUUCUGAUUCCGUGAGAAUCACAGUCAAAGUGCUGCGAUGAUCUUUCUUUACUUUUCUUCUCUCAGAUGAAUGUAGAUGUUUUUUUUUAAUGUUUCAUGUCUUUUAAUGAAUAAUGUGAAUUUAUGUGUUUGUUGAGUUUUUGCAUCUUUUGUCUCAUCUGCUGUAAAAUUCCAUUCCAGUUGAAAACUGAGAAUUUUUCUUUUGGGAAUUUGUUUUGAAAAUGUAAUGUAUAUUUUCAGCUCUGUGGUACCAACAUGAUAAUGUGAUAUUUAAUUGAAACUCAAAUAGACGAGGCUUCUCCUGGUGAUAUUUAACAAACCUUUAUCAUCUGCUCAUGAAAAUAAUGUUUCAUGAUUUAUUUCAAUUUCAUUUUCUGGCAGAAUUAAGAUGUUGAGGCUUCAGUUCCGCUCAUUUUUUAAAUGUCAUUGAUUUGUGUUGCUGUAAUUUCCCAUGUAUUGUUUUGUGUGUUUGCUUGAUGUUGAAAAGCUGCUAUUUAAGGCGUGUGUGUGUUUCUAUAGAUUUUUAUUCAGAAGUAAGAUGCUGGAUGUGUUUUGUUGGAGUUGCUUCACAUCAGAGGAUCAAUAAACACAGGUUUGAAAAAACA